CUAUUACCCCUAUGGUGACGGAGAAUAAAAAUGAAGUCUGUAGACAGUGGUCCUCACACAUAAAUCUUCUUCUUUCUCAACACCCAUUUAUCAAGGUCUUGGUGUUCUUUAUUUUCUUCUUCUCCUCCAUCUUGCUUGCUUUUUUUGUUGCCUUCUCUUGCUUCUCUUAGUAUGGAAACUAGCAGAGCUGAGGGAAAGAGGAGCUUGAAGGGGAUGGAGGAUGAGGAAGAAGAAGAGGAUGAAGAAGAGAAUAGUGGGUUAGGGUUUGGAGAUGAUGACAAGAAGAAGAAAGGCAAGAAAGGAUCUAAUGCUAGUGGGUCAAUGCCGGCAGUUUCUUGUCAAGCAGAGAAUUGCACCUUUAACAUGACCGAUGCCAAGAAAUACCAUAGACGCCAUAAAGUGUGCGACUUCCAUGCCAAGGCUCCCUUUGUCCUUGUUGCCGGAAUCCAGCAACGCUUCUGCCAGCAAUGUAGCAGGUUCCAUGCAUUAUCAGAAUUUGAUGACAAUAAAAGAAGUUGCCGGAGUCGUUUAGCAGGGCACAAUGAGAGGCGCAGAAAAAGCUCAUCUGACUGUCAUGGAGAAGGCUCAAUUUGAAAGUAACAAAUAAAAAAUAACAAGGUUUACUACUCACUGAGGAGGUAUAGGCUUACAAAAUAAAAUUGCCUCUUCUACGGCCAGUUAUAUCUAAAUAUGUCAACUCUAGCCAUAUGCUCUCUCUCUUCUGUCAAUUUAAUAAUAUAUAAACUUCCAUUA